AUCCCUGAUAUAACUAAAUUCUCACCAGAAAGGAGCACAGUUACUGUUUUCGAGGAUCUAUGUGCCGAAUCAAAAAAGAUUCAAGAUCGGAUUAUUCAUUAUUUUAUUAGUGGUCGGCAUUCAAACAUAAGCCCAAUAUACGUAAGCCAGAAAUAUCAAGCUGUACCAAAGAUAAUUCGCGAGAAUCUGACACAUCUUGCAAUCUUUAAUAAUGGGGGAAGCAGAGAAGAUCUCAUUCGAAUUGUACGUCAAUACGCAGAUGAUCCAAAAAAAGCAUCUAAGAUUAUUGAUAAGCAUUUGCGGGAUCGAGAUUUCGUGGUCUUUGAUUUUACUAAACCGGUGGGUGAUUCUCUCGCAAUUAGAUUGGGAUGGGACACGCCAUUGAAAUUAGAUGAAUGA